AUGUUCUCUUUAAUGUGCACUGCAUAUCAAACAUGUGAUAGUAAGAUAUUAUCAGAAGCAAUAGUCUAUUGUAUACAAUGUAAUUCAUUGCAAUGUAUUUCAUGUGAAAAACAAAUGCAUAACAGUGGACAUCUUAAACAACAUGAAAGAUUAGAUUUAGACACAAUUAAUAAUGAACGCUGCUCAAUUGAUCCAAGUCAUCCAGCUGUGUUUUAUUGCUCAACGUGUUCAUUAUUAUUUUGUUAUUCAUGUUACGAAAGUAGACAUCAAAAUACAAAUGGAAGAGAACAUAAACUACAAAAGUGUAGGGAAAAACAAAGUAACAUCGUAGAAAAUGAUAAUGCAUGCUCUCAAACAGAAGGGAAAACAAUUUAUCCAGAAUUAUUCUCAACUGCAAACAACAACGAUACUCAAAAACAAAAUCACCAUAAACAUAGCUCUUCAUCUACAUUUGCGGAUGUUCCACUAGAUAAGUAUGAUGUGCAAUUUAUUUCACCAUCAGAUCAACAAAGCGAUCUCAUACAAACAAAAAUCUCUCCAAAUGUUACCUCUCAACAGAAACAAAAUACGCACUACAUAUCCAAACAAGAGCAUUCCAAUGAUCGUACAUCUCAUGAGCAUUAUCAACCAAAUCCUGCGAAUACUGAUUCGAAUGAAGUCUUUCUAUUGUUGGAUGGUGAUGAACAUCUAACUGUUAACAGUGAAUUCGAUUUUAUUCGUCAAUUUAAAUGUUUACAGCAAGAUUCAAAAGUUAAAUGUGUUUCUAUUAUUGGAAAUACAGGAGAUGGAAAAUCAUAUACAUUAAAUCAAGUAUUUUUUAAUGGUAAACAGAAAUUUCAUACAUCAUCAACAACUGAAUCAUGUACUAUUGGUGUAUGGUCAACAUUGGACGAAAAUCAACGAACACUUAUUCUUGAUACAGAAGGUCGACUUGGCCUAUCACAAAAUGAUAAUAUUCGUAAUAGACUUCUACUGAAAAUUCUCUGUGUCAGUGACAUUGUUAUAUAUCGAACAAAAGCACCUAAAUUACCCAAUGAUAUGUUUCAAUUUCUAUCUGAUGCUUCCAAUGCAUUUUUAAAAUAUUUUAAAAAAGAAUUAGAAAAUGUGAUGAAAAGUUGUCGAGUUGAUGGACCCGUGUCAGCAAUGGGACCAACGUUGAUUGUUUUUCAUGAAACACAAUAUACUGAAAUACUCAGAGAUCAUUUGCAAUGUCAAAAAACAGCUGUUGAACAAUUAAAAGAACGUUUCGAAAAAAUGAACUUAUCAUAUGAUGCAUAUAGUUCGAUUGAAUAUGUUGGAACUCAAACAUCAGGUGGAGAAUCAACUGAUUUUAGAGGCAUAAAAGCAGCUAUAACAGACAAACUUGAAAAUAACAAAAUUCGUUCACCAAGAAAUUUAUCAGUUAUUUUUAAAGUCUUAAAGGCUUUAAAUGAAAAAUUCAAUCACGCUAUCCCUCCUGAAAUGCCUUCAACUUUACCCGAUGACUUUUUUACGUGUUAUUUUAAAUGUUUAUCCUGUGGAAACAAAUGUACAUUAGCUGCAAAUCAUCAGAAAGAAAAAAUUCCACACAAAUGUGAUGAAAGAUGUUCGUAUAAUAAAGAAUUAGAUAAUGAAGUUUGGAAAUGUUUACAAUGUCCUCGUGAUAAACGUGAUACAAUUGUAUAUGGAAAAUUAAUUACAAAAGAUGAUGGACUUGUACAAGGCCUUCUGAAAUAUGUUUGGUCCGGUUUUGUUAUCGAAUGUCCAUAUCAUGGUGAGAUCUAUCGAUCAAGAAAACAUUGGUAUGGAAAUAAUGAACCCAAAGAUGUAACAUGUGUCGAAGUUAUUCAUAUUUGGCCAGGAGAAGACAAUAAUCGAGUAGCUAGUGAUGUCACACCUAGAAAAUUUAUUGAAAUGGUGGUCUAUGCUGGAAGUUAUUUAUCAGCUCCAACAAAAAUGUUAAAAGAAAUGGUAGCAGCUCAAGUAGCACCAUCCUAUUGGGUUCCAAAUAAAGAUGUUCAGGAAUGUUCAUCAUGUAAACUUGUUUUUGGGUAUAAUCACUCGAAACAUCAUUGCCGAGCAUGUGGCAAUAUUUUCUGUGAUACAUGCACAACACAUCGUACUAUCGUUCCAUUAGUUGACAUCAAAACACCUAAGCGUGUUUGCGAUGAAUGUUUUGAACGAAUUCAGUCCGAUACACUUUCGUCGUCAUCUCGAAAUCAUUCUAAAUGUACUCGAGAAAAAAAUGUCUCCGAAGAUGAAACGAAUAUUACUAAAAGUUCACCAGACUCAAACACGCAUCAUAUUCCAAUAUCAAGACGUUUCGUGGAACUGGUUCAAGAUAAUAUUGGAAAUGUGGUGUACGACUAUUCUAUUAAACAUAUUCAAGAACGUACCCGACCAUCUUAUUGGCGGCCAAAUAUUGAAUGCCAUUGUUGUUUUAUUUGUAAAUAUCAAUUUAAUAGUACCACACAUCGACUACAUCAUUGUCGAAGAUGUGGUGAAGGUGUUUGUGAUACAUGCUCGCCGAAUCGUCGUCCCGUACCGGAACGCGAAUGGUAUACACCUGAACGCGUUUGUAAAUCAUGUGAUAAAGCAAUAGAUCAAUCAACUACUAAAUUUUAA